CUUUUUGUCGGCUAUACGCCUUUAUUAUGGGAUGUUAGAAUAAGUUUUGCCUUUGCAUUAGCGUUGUUAACAAAAACCUAAAAGUUUUAGCCUCAACUUUUUUUUUAUACUAAGUUUUAUAAAUAGUGGUUUUAAAAACUGUAAUCAUUACACCACAGUUCUAAAUGACAGAUCAUUUGGAACCAACUUUAGAAGCUGAUCCGUUACUUACUUCUCUUCCGGUAGAAAAUAAUACUAAUAGAGCAUGGGGUAAGUUAGAAUCUUUGCACCCCGGAGUAAAGGAUCUUACGUUAGUCAAAGAGAAAUACGUCUUUGGCAGACAUCUAGCUUGUGAUGUAAAUAUAAACGGAGCUACCGUAAGCAGCAAACAUUUUACGAUAGCCAAAAUGACACUAGACAAAGACGGGCAUGCACCUUUAGUUAUUCUGGAAGACACUAGUACGAACGGGACUCUUUUAAACGGUGAGAAAGUUGUUAAAGAAACUCGGUUUUUAGCAGAUAACACUGUAAUAGGUUUGUUGUUUGAGAAGGGGGAAGUAGAACGAAUUUAUCAAUUUCGUAGUCUUAUAACUGCAAAGCACACUCCGCCCAGCACACUUUUCCCGUAUGAGAUUACCCCAACCAUUCUUGGGACUGGGAGUUUUGCGGAGGUUAGGUUGGCCGUUAAUCUUUGCACGGGGCUUAAGGUUGCUGCGAAGUGUAUAAGUAAGAGGAAGCUGUUUCCUUUGACCGAUAAAGCUCCCGUGAACGAUCUUAAUAUUGAGAAGGCCGAGCGUUGCUUCCGGCGAGAAGCUGACAUUUUGAGGACUAUUGAUCACCCGUGCAUUAUUCAAUUUUACGACUUUUUUGAAACGAAAAGCGCGUACUACAUCUUUCUGGAGCUUGCCCUCGACGGUUCUCUUUUCGACCACAUAAUUAAUCAAGGAAAACUCUCAGAGCGCGAGUCGCUUUUCUUUUUUUAUCAGAUGCUAACCGCAGUGGAUCAUUUACAUCGGCUAGGUAUCACCCACCGUGACUUAAAGCCUGAAAAUAUUUUGCUGGAGAAAACUAGUUCGGGCGACUUUCUUUAUAAGAUCACCGAUUUUGGGCUGGCUAAAAUUGUAGGAGAAACUUCUUAUAUGAAGACUUUGUGCGGCACUCCAGGCUAUGUCGCUCCGGAAGUUAUCUUCCGAGGAGCGCGCUCCGAGCAGUACACAAACGUAGUUGAUUGCUGGAGUCUUGGAGUUAUUCUUUACAUUUGUCUUGUGGGAUACCCUCCCUUCUGUGAGGAUCCGCAAAUCAGAGAAGAGCAGGUUUUGACGGGUCAUCUCUACUACAACGAAGAGGACUGGGAGGGUUUGUCCCCCAAGGUUUUCGACCUAAUACAAAAGUUGCUUCGUGUGGAUCCGAAAUCGCGAUUCACCAUUACUCAGGCUUUAAAUCACGAAUGGAUGCUUGACUUUGAAAUUGUGGAAAAGUGCAAGGAAUUAUUAAAUAACGCAAGAAAACUUAAAAGUUGCUAAGCGUAACUUUCUAAACGGUUAAAAUUGUUUUCUGUACGGCUGGCGCUACCACUGAACGAUCAUAUGGCUAAAACUUUUUAAUCAACCUUUUAAAAAUUAUAAAAAAUAAUUAUCCUUAUUAACUUUUUCCUCUUGAACGGGCCAGACUUGCAGCAUAAGGACUCUAUAAAACAGAACCUUAUAUAAACUUCUAACUCUUUUUUUACAACUGAAGUAGCUCCAAUUUAAUUUC